AUGGAAAGUAAGCUCCAGGACCUGGUUCAGCACCGGGGGCUUCUCAUGAUGAUAUUUGUGCUGGGGAUAGGCGGUACUUUCCAAUAUGGAUUCCACAUCUCUGUUAUGAAUUCCCCCUCAGUGUUCAUAAAGAGGUUUAUCAAUAACACAUGGAUAUAUCGAUAUCAGUCCCCUGUCGGAGAUAACACUCUGAGGAUAAUCUGGUCAUCUAUUGUGUCCAUUUACGCCAUCGGUGGACUUUUUGCUUCACUGGGAACAGGAUAUCUUGUAUCCAAAUAUGGCAAGAAAACAUGUCAACUAUGUAUCUGUGCCAUCCCUCUGGUUGCUGCUGUGUUAGCUGGUUGCAGUAGCCCUGCCAAGUCUUUUGAGAUGAUCCUAAUCGCCAGAUUCCUUUAUGGUAUAAAUGCAGGAAUUGGCUUUAAUCUUCACUCACAGUAUACAGGAGAAAUUGCAUCCAAAAAGCUACGUGGUUUCACAAACACUAGUAUCUCCAUGUUUGUUUGUUGUGGAAAAAUGGUUGGUCAGAUAUUUGGACUCAGAGAGAUCCUGGGCACAGAGCUUGUCUGGCCUGUGUUGGUGUCUCUGAGUGGCUUCUGGUCACUGAUUCAGCUCUGCACCCUGCCAUUCUUUCCAGAGUCUCCAUCGUACCUCCUUAUGAAAGGUGACAAAGAAGGGUGCUUGAGAGCUCUGAAACAACUGUGGGGUGAUGGGGACCACCAAGCAGUCAUCAAUGAGAUGUCCAAGGAACAAGCUGCUAGAAGUGGUGGAAAAAGUCUAACUGUCAUGCAGCUUCUGCGGGAUCCUUCCCAGCGCUGGCAGCUCUAUGCUCUUAUUGCCUUGACAAUUGCACUGCAACUUUGUGGGGUCAACGCGAUUUAUUUUUAUGCAUCUGAUGUAUUCAGAUCUGCUGGAUUCCAAAACACGCAAAUCCCUUAUUUGACCAUCGGUGUUGGAAUUUGUGAAGCCACAUCUGUGAUCCUUUGUAGUCUGGUGGUUGAUCGUUUUGGCAGGAGGGUCUUCCUUCUCGGGGGCUAUAUAGUGAUGGUUUUGGCACUGGGCCUCAUCACUAUAACAAUCUCAUUUCAGGCACGAGCUACUUGGCUGCCUUAUUUAAGUGUCUUCUUGAUCUUUCUAUUUGUUCUGUCAUUUGGAUUAGGACCAGGUGCUACCACCAUGACCGUCCUAGUGGAAAUAUUUUCCCAGACUUCCCGCACUGCAGCAUUGGUCCUAGUGGGAUCGAUAAAUUGGCUUGAACUAUUCAUAUUAGGCAUGGUCUUCCCCUUCAUACAGGACGCCAUUGGACAUUUUUGCUUUCUCAUUUUCCUUGUCAUAAUUGCUGCCUGUGGGAUAUAUUUGUACUUUUUCCUCCCAGAGACAAAAGGAAAAUCUUGGCUUGAAACGAAAGAGGAUUUUGCUAAAUUGAGCUGCCGGAGACAAAACACGGUUGAGAUUUCAGAGAACCUGCCAGAUAUCUAUGUAAUAUCUACCAAGCUUUGAGCAGUAAAUAUGACUGAUGAUGACUACAGCCUGGAAUGAAUACGAUGGAAAGACCUCAGUGUAAAAUGGGAAGCCUAUAAGUCCCUGUAAAGCUCUGAUAUACAACUCAUAAUUAUAACAAACUACAUCUGACAAUGGUCGGAUAAACAAUAACUUAUGAAUUCCAGGGAUCAGUACUAGCAAUAUGAAGUGCUUACGCUGCAUUUAUAUACAACUGGAAUACUCUGUAGAACUACAAGAUGAAGCCAUUCUACCCCAAACUGAAGAGAAGUUACAUUGCCUGAAUACCUGAAAUACUCAAAAAAUAAUGGGAACUGAGACAAUAACUUACAUUUACAUUGUAACUGUAGAAGUUGAGAAUCUUGACUCAGGUGGGAGUGCCCCACAAGUUAUCUGGGGUAGCAAAAUCCCGCUCCUGAUAACUUUAAAGGGGUAGUUCACCUUUGUGUUAAGGUUAAGUAUGAUGUAGAGAGUGAUAUUCUGAAACAACUUGCAAUUGGUUUUCAUUUUUUAUUAUUUGUGGUUUUUGAGUUAUUUAGCUUUAUAUUCAGCAGCUCUCCAGUUUGCAAUUUCAGUAAUCUGGUCCAAAUUACCCUAGCAACCAUAAACUGAUUGGAAAAAGAGACUGGAGUAUGAAUAGGGGAGGCCUAAAUAGAAAGAUGAGUAAUAAAAAGUAGCAAUAACAUUAAAUUUGUAGCCUUACAGAGCAUUUGUUUUUUAGAUGGGGUUACCCCCAUUUAAAAAGCUGGAAAGAGUCAAAAGAAGGAGGCAAAUAAUUGAAAAACUAAAAAAAAUAUAUAAUGAAGACCAAAUAAAAAUGUUCUUAGAAUUAGCCAUUCUAUAACAUACUAAAAGUUAAAGGGGUACUGUCAUUGGAAGCAUGUUUUUUUAGAAAUAUAUCAGUUAAUAGUGCUGCUCCAGCAGAAUUCUGCACUGAAAUCCAUUUUUCAAAAGAGCAAACAGAUUUUGUUAUAUUCAAUUUUGAAAUCUGACAUGGGGCUAGACAUAUUGUCAGUUUCCCAGAUGCCCCCAGUCAUGUGACUCCCCCCAGCAGACUAACAACAGAACAAUGGGAAGGUAACGAGAUAGCAGCUCCCUAACACAAGAUAACAGCUGCCUGGUAGAUCUAAGAACAGCACUCAAUAGUAAAAGCCAAGUCCCACUGAGACUGAUUCAGUUACAUUAAGUAGGAGAAAUAACAGCCUGCCAGAAAGUAGUUUCAUCCUAAAGUGCAGGCACAAGUCACAUGACUGGGGCAGCUGGGAAACUGACAAUAUGUCUAGCCCCAUGCCAGAUUUCAAAAUUGUAUAUAAAAAAAACCUGUUUGCUCUUUUGAGAAAUGGAUUUCAGUGAAGAAUUCUGCUGGAACAGCACUAUUAACUUCAUUUUGAAAAAAACAUGUUUUCCCAAGACAGUAUCCCUUUAACUUGAAGGUGAACCACCCCUUUAAUAGUGCAAUUUUAGGAGCAUAUAUAUUUACUGUAUAAAGGUAUAUUUAAGUUAUAAACUGAUUGGUUUUAUAUACUUGUAUAUAAACUUAAGGGCUGAUGUAUUAUCAUUUGAUGUUAGGGAUCCUGAAAAACUAUAUAAAAAAAGGCACGAGUGAGCUUUUUUAAAUUUUAACUUAAAGGGGUUUUUAUUUAACCUUACAACACUUUUUUCAGUUCAGUUGUUUUCAAAUAAAGUCUUUUUUCAGUUGCUUUCGAUUUUCGACCAUUUUUGUACUAUUGAUGUUUCAUUUUUUACCUUCUUAUGUCUUUCUGAAGCAGCUCUGGGGGGUCACUGACCCUAUAAACUGCUCUAAAUUGAUACAUUUAGUUGAUAACUUUCUUAUCUUUGUCCCAGGUGAGCAGAAUCCCUGGGUAUCAUUAAAGGCAGCUGUUAUAAUUGAUACAAUAGUUACUAAUAUUCCACAGAUGCUGCUGAGAAAUGUAACAAAUUGUAACAGUUCAGAAUCUGCACCUGGAUCACUGAGUUGCCAGACUGAAACUUUAAACUUCAAUUUUGCAAAAAACAGUCAAAAAAGAAAAAUGGAAAGCAACUGAAAUUUUUUUUAUUUCUGGUGAAAUCAGAAACUAAAAAAAGUGUUUGGAAGGUGAACAACCACUUUAACCUGGUGAGCUUUUUAUUCUGAUCAUGAAAAAAAGAUGAUGUAAAAAAUAUGAGCAAGAUAAAGAACUUGUGCUUUUUAUAUCCUUUUUUUUAACCUGAUCUGGAACAUAAUUAUAAAUCAGUCCAGCCUUGUAAAUUUUCAUAUCAAUGUAUUAGAAGCUGUGUACUGUAUAUUGAUGUAUUAUUAAAAUAAAAUAAUAUAUUUUGUGCCAGAUAUAUUAUAUCUGGCAUUGUGUCAUUCUGUUAUAAUAAAAAAUACCCUUCUCCAUGUUGCAGCAUAAAUUUUAAUGCUUUAUAUUUUAUCUGUACAUGACAGCAUUACACCUUGGUACACUGUUGCUAGAAAAUUUGGGAACCCUUUUGAAUUCUCAAUAUUUGCGCAUAAUAUGACCUUAAACAUGACAGGCGGUGACUCUACUACACCAGGCAUUAGCUUUUUGUAUGGCCUUUUUUUAUGGCCCAGCUGCAUUGCCCGCCCCCACCUAGUUAUGUUACUGGCCUGUGUCUCCAACAACUUCCUCACUUUGCUAGAAAAGCAAUCCUCCUGACUCCAUAAAGCCCUGUAUUCUUGGCUUCUGGAUUAAACUAAUGAUGAAAAGAUGCUCCCAAGGGAAAAAACUUACCUACAUGGCAAUGUAAAGUUUAAAUAAAUAUAGGUUUGCUGGUUGGCUGACCCGCAAACAGAAAUCAUCAGCCCUGUAAUAGGGGCGACCUUUCCUUGUGCUGAACUAUAUUGGUUUGAACUUGCUAUACAGUACCUCUAAGUUUAAAAAGCCCAUCUUCUCUCUUUUGUCUCGUAUAUAAU